CACGGACACGCUCACCAUUAAAGAAGAUGGAGUAAGAUCAAUAGAUCAGCCAAGAGCUUUAUUCCCUUGGGAAACUCGCUCACUUCGAAGAAGACGAAUUUUGCAAGUCAUAAUUGGUGUUCUUGGUGUUGCGAUCAUUGUGUCCAUUAUAUUGGCAUUUAAACUUAUUAACACUGAAAGUAAGUAUUUUACUUAGGAACUGCCAGAUUUAAGCCAAAAGAAUGGACAAUCGACUUUAAAAAUGCUGCCAAUGAGUUCGUUCUUACUGCCCAUAUUGGUAUGAACCUUCGCAAUACAGCUCUUCAGGAACGACAUACAAAGACUAAAUCGAAAGUCAAAUAUGUCAACAGUAAUGGUAUAAUUUUGACCUUAACACAAGAAACGAAGAACAUUUUUUCAGUAAAUUGGACCACUAUUUCAAAACAUCCCAUCAAGUUUAUUGAUUGCUUUGAGCUAUCAAAUGCACAUUGGUAUGGUGGAGGUGAAUUAUCAAAUCAACCAUGGCCCUUAGAAAAUGUUGAAGUACAUAUGGCACCAUACAUACCAUCAAGUAUGACAACCAGUCAUAGUCUUGGCACAAGCAUGCAAAGUUUUGGAAAUUUGUUGGAAAGGUAUUGGUUGUGUUCUAAAGGUGUAGCAAUUUUUGUGGAUAGCUCAGUGCCACUUCAUGUCAGUUUGAAUGAGACAGGAAACGGAAAGCUGUGUAUUAAAUCUGAUAAGAAAGACUACCCUCCCAAAGCAGUUUCCUAUCUUGGCUACAGAGUUUUAUCAGGCCAUGACGCAAGAGAACUACAAUACAUGGCUGUUAAAGAAUUUUUAGGAAAGGCACAUACUUUUCCAAAUAAAGACCUUAUCACAAAAGCAUCAUGGAUUAUCAAGCAUAAUGUUUCAGACAGGAAAAUUAAAGAAAUACGUGAAAACAUGUUGCAAUUUAAAUACAAUUGUUCAUAUGUUCUCAUCAAAAGACAGAAACACAAUGCACUUCCUUUACCAUAUAGCUCUAUACACAAGGAUGAAUUUAUUAAUUUAAAAAGAAUAGGAUGCAAAAUUGGAGCAGAUGUUCACCCAUACAUUAAAGUAAGUACAACAGAAUUCUUAGAGUUGGCUAACAAGGAUUACUUCAUAAAGGACUGCAAAAGAAAGGUUCCUGGCCUCAUUAUGUGGAAAAAUUCAUUAGCAGCCGUCCUUGACUUAACUCAUGUGUCUGGCAAAAAUUGGCUGAAAAACAAAUUGGCAAACCUGGGAUAUGAUUUAUUUCAAUUUCAUGGUGUUGAUGCCCUAAAUCUCCCAUUAUGUUGCCAGUUUAUGAAUGGAAGCAUCAAUCCUGGUAAUUUCUUAAAUGAAUAUGCCAAAUUUGCAGCUAAUAUGAAUGGCUCAAUUGUUAGUGUUGGAUAUAGAAGUCAAGCUUUGCCAAUUUUUAUACAAAUAAAUCGGAAAGAGAACACUUGGGAUGGAUUGAGGUCAUUGAUUCCAACUAUUUUAACCUAUGGCAUUAUGGGUUAUCCAUACAUCAUGCCACCACCUGUUGGAGGUAACCAUGGCAACACUGACGAAGAACUUUAUGUACGAUGGAUGCAGUUGAAUGUGUUUCUUCCAGCAAUGCAAUUUCGUGCAGAAAUGGCACCAUGGACAUUUGAAUUGAAAGAAAUCUUUGCACAUUUGUUCAAGCUUAGAAAUCACUUAAUUCCUGUUUUAUUAGAGGCAUUUUCAAAUGUCACCAGAUCAGGUGCACCAAUUAUUCGUCCAUUAUGGUGGGUUGCACCCAAAGAUCCCAGAGCACUAGAGCACUCAUCUCAGUUUAUGUUAGGAGAUACCUACUUAGUUGCACCAGUGCUUGUGCAUGGAGCUACAAAGAAAAUGGUUUAUUUACCAGUUGGCCAUUGGAAGGAAGAAUUUGAUGAAAGGAAUGUGAUUGAUGUUAAAAAUACUGGACUAUGGAAAGAGUAUCCUGUGAGUUUGAAAACUGUUCUUUACUUUAAGUGUCUUGCCUUAUACAGCUAAGUGAAGUGCAUAUCAGAUAUAGUUUGAGUAGUAGUGCCAGCAAACAGUGUGCUAGGAGUAUAUGAAUGACCUUAAAGUGUUACCUGGCUAAGUAGAAUUGCUGUCUUUUUAGACAUCAAAGAAUUGUAACACAAUGUUGUAUUGAGUUAAUUUGUCAUUCUUGUUGUGCAUAUUCAGAUCCGUCUCUUCCAUUGUAAGUAAUGUUUUGGUACCACCAGACUUGUGAUCAAACUCAUAUUACAUGUGACAUGUUUUCAUGGUAAAUUAGUAAUUAGAAUUGCAAUUCCAAAUAUGAUGAGUAUUGAACUUAUUUUCUGCAUACUUUUGAACUUAUCAAUUGGAAGAUUUCACUUAUAUAAAUAGUCGUAACUGUUUCACAUUACACUAUAUUGAUAAGGUA